CGUGGCUGGAGAAUUAAAAGCGUCUUCGUGUGGAUUUGGUGCAAGUUGAUCACAAUUCCCUGAGGUGUGAGCAGCGGCUGACAGCGGCAGCGCGUGCACCGCGGCGCGUGUGGGACGUGUCGUCACGUGGCGCAGGAAACCUUUCCCGUGGGAAGGACCGCUUCCAGUGAGGUCAGGUGGAUCGAACGUGUCCUGAGCCCCAGAUCCAGCGUUUGCGCGUCGAUGCCGCAGUUCGUCGCACAGCUUCGCGAACUCGCAUCACGCAGACGGGAAUAACACCGGAAAUUAGAUUGAAUUAUUGCUGGAUUGAAAUAAGUGCGAUCGCGCGAGUGGCUGCGUGGCAAGAAAACUUUUCCAAAUACGACUCGCAGAACGAGCUCCCAGUUAGAAAGUUGAAGUUGAGCUGUGUUGGAGUUCAUAUUACGUAUAAUAUGUGUGUUACUUGUUUCUGAAGAGCUCCAACUGGUGCGUGUGUGCGCGCGUGCGCGCGCGCGCGUUGGUCGGCGUCCACAGCCUGCCGCUGUCAAACGCUGGGAAGCGCGAGACAUGGAUGCGUUGCACCGACGGAGGCGCUGAAAAACUUCGGGAGCAACGAGCGUCCGCCAGCUGCGACCGCAGAGCCGGACUCACCGACGAGGACGCUGAAGCCAGAGGCGUCAGCGGCGACCGACAUGCAGAAGUUGAACUCCACCGGCGGCCACGGCACCGCGCUGGGCCGGGACGCCGAGCUCCAGCUGCGGCUGGCCGACGGCGGAGGAGCCGGGGAGGGGAAGAACGGCGCCGGGAGGAAUUUCCUCGCUCCCAGCGAGAAGCAGAGCUCGUUCUGCACCAAGAGGAAGAUGCUGGUCGGUUUGGACGUCAUCUGUCUCUUGCCUCCAUCCCGUUCUUGGCCUGCGAGCUGAGGGCAGUGACUCCGUACAAGCGGGGCUUCUUCUGCGGGGACUCCAGCAUCACUUACCCCUUCGUGGAGACGGAGGCCAUCUCCGAUGACGUGCUAAUUGCUGGUGGUGCAGUCAUCACCGGCCUAGCGAUCGUGCUGGGCGAGUGCUACCGGGUGCGUUUCCGCGGCGUGCACUCGCGGGCCUUUGUGGGAAACCGCUACGUGUCGUGCCUGUACAAGGAGCUGGGCAGCUUCACGUUCGGUGGCUUCGUGGGACAGUCGCUCACCAACAUGGCCAAGCUGAGCGUGGGGCGCCUGCGGCCGCACUUCCUGUCCGUCUGCAACAUCACCUACGCGUCCAUCAACUGCAGCCUGGGCAGCUACGUGUCGGAGGUCGCGUGCAGGCAGCCGAAGCUGAAGUUGGUGGAGGAAGCCAGGAAGUCUUUUUUCUCUGGCCACGCUUCCUUUGCGAUGUACAGCAUGCUCUACCUGGCAUUUUACCUGCAGGCGCGGUUGUCGUGGCGAGGAGCUCGCCUCCUGCGGCCACUGAUCCAGUUCCUCCUGGUGAUGAUCGCCAUCUACACUGGCCUCACUCGCAUCUCGGACUACCGCCACCACCCCACAGACGUCCUCGCGGGCUUCAUCCAGGGAGGACUCAUGGCGUACUGGGUGGCCUUCUACAUCUCCCCCAUGUUUAAGCCCCGCGCCCGUCAAGACCUGUCUCCGACAAGCACGUCCCUGGAGAGUCCUCUGUCCAGUCAGCAAACUGUCUGUUAGCAGGCGCACGCCGUCCUUCCAGGAACGGCCAGAUAAGAGACGCACUGCAGAAACACAGGGAGAAUGUCAGACAGAGAGAGAGAGAGAGAGAAAAAAGGGAGAUGGAUGUGAUGACAAGUACAAUCUAACACACGCAUGACAAUUUGAGCAAACGGAUACACACACAAACAAACACACACGCACAGUAUUCUAACAAUCUCACGCGCUCGCUCAUGGUAAACACGAAAAGCACAUUUGACUAUGAGUCAAACCCGUCCCGUGAAUAGAACUGCAUAGCUAUAUGACGUGAUGCUAAUUUUUAUAUAUAUAUAUAUAUAUAUAUAUAUAUAUAGAUAUAUAUACACACAUGAAAAAAAGGUCUAUUUUUCAAGAGGAUUAUUGGAAGCUGCUAAUGUUGCCAGUUUGAGGCUCUUGGUCGGUGCAUUUUCAAAAGGAGCGAGGCCGCGGAGUCGUCGGACGUGACCACAACUGUGUUCAACGAGACAGAACCGGCAGCGGCGGCGAACGCGCACUGGCUUCAACUUCUGACCCGUCGUACGUGCGCUGGGCCCGGCGGGGCACCGCUCCCGUCAGAGCGCGCCGCAUCAGCGCAGCUAGACAAUGAUCCGCGCGCGGCCCACGUGUUUGCGCUGUAAUCUAACGCUAUCCUUAACCACAGCAGCGAUGGGGGGGGGGUAUGACCUUCCUCUUCACUGCCACUUUUCUGUACUAACCACUUUGACUGGGUCUCAGAGGUGGACAUUUGACUGAAUUUAGCCUAACUCCGACUCCAGUCUCUGAGCUGCACCUUGAUUGAUGCCACUCUGACAGGAGAGCCAGCGUGGCUGCGACCCCAGCGGCCUCCUGCACAUCUUUAUUGUUAGCACUUGAACAUAAUGGAACCUUCUAGUUAUAAUCAAUGUUAUAUAUUUUAUCACAGGUUUAAAUAAUCAGUGUUUAUUUUUGUCUGUGUUAGACUCACUAUAUUUGUUUUGUUUUUUUGAAAUGAUAAUUAUUCAAAUUGAAUGUAAAUAGCUGUUUCAUUUUAUAAACCAGGCAGAAUUUCAAAAGUAUUAGUUCCAUUUUUUAGAGAGUUUUUAUGUAAAUGUUUUUAUGUUUGUAUUGAUCAGGUACGAAGACUUACUAUUUUAUCUGUUGUAACUACUAGACUGAGCCACAGAUAUUAUCAGAAAGCUAUAUAUUUUGUGUUUGCAGUUAUUGUCCUUUGUUUUGUCUGUGAACGCCGGAGACGGCAGAAAUAACCACUGUACUCAAAAAAAAAAAAAAACACCAAACAAUAAAACGAAUGUUGAAUGUU